CCCUUAGAAAGAAAAGACUCGAGUCGUCGUCACCUCCUUGUUUAUGACCAGCCUUCCUCCUCCUUUUCGUCGUUAUAACCUGUUCAGAGUCUCUGAUUUUAGGUGUGGGUGUCUACAAUCUGAGUAGAUUUUAGUAGAAUCCAAGAAAUGGAGAACUCCGGGAAAAGGAUUCUACUGACAUCCGAUGGAGAUGAGAUUUCGAAGGGCAUUGUUUACUACCUUGCUAACUCUGGCUGCAGGUUAGUUUUGAUGGGUGAUGAGAAUCGUCUGAGGGAGAUGGUGGGGGAAAUUGCGAGCUUAUUGAAGGGAACCGAUCAAUUAGAAGUGGUUGGAUUGAAUAUGGAAGAAGAAAAGGAGGCUGCUUUUGAUGAGGCUGUGGGUACGGCGUGGAAACUCCUGGGGAGAGUAGAUGGCUUUGUUAAUUGUUAUUCAUAUGAAGGGAAGAUGCAAGAAUGUCUACAUAUGACUGAACAGGAAUAUCGGAAAACAAUAAAAAUUAAUUUUAUGGCGCCAUGGUUUCUGCUAAAGGCUGUUGCUAAGCAAAUGCAGGAAUCCAAAUCGGGAGGAUCCAUCGUAUUUCUAAUGCAGAUCAUUGGCAUGGAAAGAGGACUGUAUCCGGGUGCUGCUGCAUAUGGCUCAAGUUUGGCUGCUGUACAACAGUUGGUUCGGCUAUCAGCAAUGGAGAUUGGCAAGUACAAGAUAAGAGUCAACGCAAUUGCCCGUGGCUUGCACUUGGGAGAUGAGUAUCCGCUUUCAGUGGGGAAGGAGAAGGCAGAGAAGUUCACAAGGGAUGUGAUGCCCCUUCUGAGAUGGCUCGACCCCAAGAAUGAUCUUGCUUCCACUGUACUGUACCUGGUGGGAGAUGAGUCCCGCUACAUGACUGGCACUACGAUCUUUGUCGAUGGAGCCCAAUCCAUUGUGAGGCCUCGCAUGCGAUCAUACAUGUAAUAGAAGCCUGUCAAUGUGGUCUCACUUUUAUUCUGUUCCUAAAGAGCGAAAACGUAUUUAAAGUUUAAUUGAGUUGAUCAAACUUUUGGAAUAAUGCUCAAGUUCAGCUGUUGCUGUCCAGCUUUAAUUGACUGGUGACACAGAAAUACAAUUUUCAACUGAGAUUUGCUUUGUGAAAAAUUUCAUAAUCAACUUUUAUGCAACCAAUUGAGCAAA